AUGUCAAACCAGCUUAACCAUUCCACCCCAAUCAUCAUCGUGGGUGCCGGGGUCUUUGGUCUCUCUUCGGCAUGGUGGCUCGCCCGUGCCGGCUAUCAUAACAUCAAGGUCCUGGAUCGGUGGCCUGUCCCAUCUCCAUCAUCGGCAGGCUACGAUCGGAACAAGAUCAUCCGCACUGAAUACCCGGACGAUAUAUACUCUGUUCUUUCCCAGGAAGCCAUCCAACUCUGGCGCGAUCCUCUCUGGAAAGAUGUCUUCCACCCAACCGGCUGGAUCUACGGCACAGACGGCUCAAAGGAUCAGGACCGCGAAAAGACCUUCUUGACUGCGGUCUCUAACACACACUUGCUCGGGGAUCCAUCCAAGAUCGUCGAGCUCCCAAACUGGGAUGCUGCCAUUCAUCUCUACCCGUCUCUAGCCUUCGCACACGACCGUCGCCAGGCCCAGGUAGGGAUCUACGCUGAUGGCCAAUCAACCCCGAAGGGCAGAACGCCCACCUUUCGCGGGAUCUACAACGGAAACGCUGGCUGGGUCGAGUCCACGAACGCGAUGCUGAUUUUGAAGCGGGAGUGCGAGCGCUUGGGUGUGGAGUUUGUGGCAGGCGAGUCCGGCGCCGUCAUCGAGUUCGUGCGUGAUCCGGUCAACCCGGCCAAGGUUGUGGGUGUGCGCACCGCCAACGGGACCAUCUGGCGCUCCGAAAAGGUUAUCGUCGCAGUGGGCGCUUAUUCCGAGACGCUACUCGAUUUCAAGGGCCAGCUGCAAGCCUCAGGUUACUGCGUCUCGCAUAUUCGUAUGACGGAGGAGCAGUACCAGCGGUACAAGGAUCUGCCUGUGCUCAAUAUCGCACGUCGCGGGUACUGCUUCCCGCCGAACGAGGACCGUAUCUUCAAGAUCUGCAAUCUGGAUAUCACCGUCGUGAACCGGGAGCGCUGGCCUGAGCCUAGCUGUGACUGGGGUGUGCGUAGUCUGCCGCGCGACCAGGCGUAUCAUCCUACUGAUUCGCAGCCGCGGGUUGGUCGCGAGAAGACGUUGGAAUUUGCAAGGUAUAUCUUGCCGGAGUUUGGGGAUGCGGAGAUUGAAAGUAGCAAGGUUUGUUGGGAUGUAGAGACGCACGAUGACAAUUGGAUUGUUGGGUAUCAUGAUAGUGCGCCAGAUUCGUUAUUCAUUGCUACCGGGGGCAGUGGGUAUACCUUUAAAAAUCUCACGAACAUCGGGAAAUAUGUCGUGCAGGCACUUGAGGGGAAACUAGAUCCGGAGUGGAAGGAUCAGUGGCGUUGGCGACCGGAUCGUGUGGGAUUGUUUCCGGACAGAGAAGAGAGGAAUGCGAGGUUCAAGUUUGAUUUGAGGGAUUGUGACGGCUGGAAACACAAUGCGCCCAGGCUGUGA